UAUCAGAGAGAGAGAGAGAGAGGAAGUUGUAGACUUGCAGUUAUUAAAGCCAACAAAAACCAUGGCUUUCAAGCACUACAACUUUUUCUCACUGGUCUUUUUAGCAACAACCACCAUCCUCCUUGCUGGCCACUCUCAUGGCCGUGCCAUCGUCAUGGACCCAAAUGACCUAUGCAAAAAUGCUGAUAACAAGCAAUUCUGCCAAGCUAUUGUGAGUAACCUGACUGACCCUCAUGAUGCCAUGGUUUCAGCCAUUCACAAAUUGGUAUACGCUAGCAAAAAUGCAAAGAAGUUGGCUCUUAAGGAAGGAAAUUCAGAGGAAAUUGAUGUCUGCAUAGAGAACUUUGAGGAAUCCAUUGACAACCUCAAAUCAGGCUUGGAUGGCCUCGAGGGACAUGACCUGCCUACCCUGAAUAUCAACCUCUCGGCCGCCCUGACCAACUACGUGACAUGCGACGACGCGUUCUCGGAAUCUGGCAAGACCAAUCCCUUGGCCGAAACUGAUGCGUUCUUGGAGGAAAUGGCUAGCAAUUGUUUGUAUCUAUCAACUAUAAUUCACUGAAGAAGAGUUUGUAGAACUUUAAUUGGUAUUUUUUUAUGGGAGGCCAUGUUAAUUUGUA